AUGGUGAAGGAAACCAAGUACUAUGAUGUUCUUGGCGUUCAGCCGAAUGCGACAGACAGCGAGCUGAAGAAGGCGUACAGGAAAUUAGCGUUGAAGUAUCAUCCAGACAAAAAUCCAGAGGAGGAGAACAGUUCAAGCUUAUUCACAGUUCUCUCCGAUGAGAAGAAGCGGCAGUUGUACGACCAAGGCGGAGAGGAAGCCCUUCAAGGUGGCGGUGGUGGUGGAGAAUUCCACAAUCCAUUCGAUGUGUUCGACAUGUUCUUCGGAGGAGGAAAGCGUCAACGCGAGCGUGGAGUACGACCAACUGUUCAUCAGAUGAAAGUGUCUCUGGAGCAGCUGUAUAACGGGUUCUCAAAGAAAUUAAAGGUUACUAGGACGGUUAUUUGCACGGACUGCAAAGGACUUGGUGGAGCUGCUGGUUCCGUGGUAAAAUGUAGUGAUUGCAAAGGAAGGGGUAUGAUAAUUAGGGUAAUGCAGUUGGCACCAGGAAUGAUUCAACAGGUUCAGUCGCCUUGCUCCAAUUGUAAAGGUGCCGGUGAGAUAAUCCCAGCCAAAGAUCGCUGCAAAGGCUGCCAGGGGCAGAAGAAGCGAAAAGUCGAAGAAAUCCUGGAAGUUCACGUAGAAAAGGGAAUGAAAGACGGUGAUAAAAUCAUGUUCGAAGGAAGAGGAGAUGAGAAGAUCAUGACGUGCCUCCUGCUUGUCGAAGCGAUGUGCGGAUUCUCUCGUGUGAUCAAAACCUUAGAUGAUAGAACUCUCUUUUUCAACGUCUUACCAGGCGAGGUUAUUAAACAUGCAGAUAUGAAAGUUAUCUAUGGAGAGGGAAUGCCACAUCGAAGGAAUCCUCAGGAAAAGGGUGAUCUCAUUCUCCAGUUCCGCGUUAUUUUCCCCGAAAGAUUGACGGCAGAUGCACGGAAGAAGCUUUCUGAGCUUUUGCCUGGCAAAAGUGAAUGUUUGGUUGGUGACGACGAUGAAGUAUUUGAGUUAAAUGAAAUAGCUGUAAAUCGUUAUCGCCAUGAGGAAAGCCACCACGGCGGCGAGGAAGGCGGAGUUCGCUGCCAACAUCAAUAA